UCCUCGGACUUGUUCCAACAAACUAUUAAAACAUGGUGGAUUACUAUGAAGUUCUGGUCGUGCAGAGACAUGCCUCCCCUGAGGACAUCAAGAAGGCAUACCGGAAACUGGCCCUAAUGCAUCCAGAUAAAAAUCCUAAGGAUGAAGAAGCAGAGCUAAAAUUCAAACAAGUGGCUGAGGCAUAUGAGGUGUUAUCAGAUGCUAAGAAACAGGACAUUUUUGACAAGCAUGGCAAAGAAGGAUUAAAUGGUGGUGGAGGAGGUGGAAGUCACUUUGACAGUCCAUUUGAGUUUGGCUUCACGUUCUGGAACCCAGAUGAUGUCUUCAGGGAAUUUUUUGGUGGAAGGGACCCAUUUUCAUUCGACUUCUUCAAAGAUCCAUUUGAAGACUUUUUUGGAAACCGAAGGGGUCCCCGAGGAAGCAGAAGCCAUGGCACAGGCUCCUUUUUCUCUGCCUUUGGUGGAUUUCCAUCCUUUGGAGGUGGAUUUUCUUCAUUUGAUACAGGAUUUACUUUAUUCGGUUCCCUAGGUCAUGGGGGCCUAAUUUCAUUUUCGUCCACAUUCUUUGGCAGCAGUGGAAUGGGUAACUUCAAAUCUAUAUCAACUUCUACUAAAAUUGUUAAUGGUAGAAAAAUCACCACAAAGAGAAUUGUCGAUAAUGGUCAAGAAAGAGUACAGGUUGAAGAUGGACAGUUAAAGUCCUUAAUGAUAAAUGGUAAGGAGCAGCUGCUACACUUGGAUAAUGCAUGCAUUUAA